AAGCCGUUUCUGGAGCCCGCAGGUUGUAAGGCACCCCCGCCCCGCCCCGACUCCUGCCUCGGGGCCGGCUUUCCGCCCCAACUCCACCACUGAUCCCGCGUCUCGAAGGCUGACCUCCGUGAUGCUCCCCCUCGGCGCGGCAUGGCGCGCGGGCUGCCGGCCGCAGGGCCCCACAGGGCGGCCGCCCCGAGGGCUGCCGCGGGGGCCAGCCAGCAGGCCGCCUCGCACCUGACGGCCAAGCUGGCGGCCGAGAAGACCGCCAGCGGCAUCUUUCGGCUCUGCGAGCGGCGCUGCGACGAGUUCAACGCCGUCCACGGCACCACUGCUCUGUACCGGCUGGCCAAGUCUGGGUGCUCUCCGAAGACGCUCGAGCAGGGGCGCCUCCGCCGCCUGCUCGCGUCCCUGGCCGCGCACGCGGACCGCGGGCAGCUGACCCCGCGCAGCGCCGCGACCGCGGCUUGGUCCCUGGCGGCGCUGAGGUCCGCGGGGAUCGGGGCGGAGGCCGGGAGUUUUGCCGGGGAGCUGGAUACGGUCAAGCCGCUGAAGCGGGACAACCGCAGGACAACCAUGGAUCAGCCACAGGCGUCGGCCGCGGGCACGGUGGCCAGUGGUGACGUGCACCUCCUCAUCUGCCCUCGAGGCCCGCUCGCGCCGCUGCUCGCCGCGGCGGGGCGGCCGAUCAAGGCCUCGGACGCCUCGUUCCAGGAGUGGUGUACGGCAGCGCUGGCGGCUACGAGCUCGACAACUAGGGCAAUAGACGAGCAAGACAGGUUGACGCUGCCCCGGGCGUUCAAGGGAAUUUGGGACUACAAAUUCACUGGUGCCCUCAGGCCAGCCCUUGUCACUCCACAGAUGCGCAUGCCCGACAGCAUUGCCAAGCCCGACUACGCCUUGGAGCCGAGAGGGAUCUGCCACUCCGAGAGGACUCUGGAAGCCCAGACGGUGAUACCCGCCCUGGCCGGGGAGGACCUCGACGCGAUACGAGCGGCGGGCAGACUUGGCAGGGAGGUGCUGGACAUUGCCGCUGGUUUCCUGAGGCCCGGAGUCACUGGCGACGAGAUCGACAGGCUGGUGUCCCAAGCAUGUGUUGACAGGUGCAUCUACCCGAGCCCGCUGAAUUAUUAUGGAUUUCCGAAGUCUUUGUGUGUGUCCCCGAAUGAAGUGAUUGCUCACGGCAUCCCGAAUUGCCGACCAUUUGAGGACGGUGAUAUUGUCAACCUGGAUGUCACAAUAUAUCAUCGUGGAUUCCACGCGGACCUCAACGAGACGUACUUCAUCGGCAAAGUAUGUGAAGAUGGUCUGCGAACAGUUCAAGCAGCAUACAACGCUCUUCGAUCUGCAACCAAAUUGAUUCGCCCUGGCGCGCUCUAUAGGGACCUCGGCAACGCCAUACAGACGGAGGCCGAGCGGUACAACUGCGCGGUUGUGCGCGAGUAUUCUGGACAUGGAAUCGGCAGGCUAUUUCACGGCUGCCCCAGGAUCCCGCACUACAGGAGAAACAAAGCUGUUGGAAAGAUGAAGGUCGGCGAAGCUCAACACCAAAAAAGUCAGGGGCUCUGGGCACGAGACGAAGUUUCCCCUCGGAUGGACUUCCGCCCCAUGAAGGCCAAGAAGUUACACGGGUGUCGAGUGUGCUCCUUGUGACCUGCAUGCCUGUCGAUGGGGUUGCAUGUGGGUCUGCACGAAGUUGUCGCUGGCCAAGACCCAGAACGAGCGGAAAUCGCUGUUGACCCCUUGGAAUUGUGAUCAUGCGAGGCACCAGUACACCCCUGAGAACCUGCGCGCCAGUUUCUAAUUCUCAGCAAACUGCAAAGGUGGGGCAUGCGUUCUGCGUGGAGCCCAUGGUCAACGAUGGCACAGUGGGUUCUUGUGCGCAUUGGCCAGACAAUUGGACAGCCGUCACGGUGAACGGUAAGUUGUCUGCUGCCUUUGAGCAUACUUUCCUCGUCACCGACACGGGCUUCGAGGUGCUCACUGCUCGCCCUGGGGCCAGUCGCAAGCAGAUGCCAGAAUUCGACCCAGCGAUGUUUCAGCGGUGACCUCGCGAUGAAAAGGUUAUUGGUGACAGGGCGCUCAUGGAAUGAUCGAAGAGAGGGAACGGACCAAGGAUCCAGAGAGAGGG